ACGCGUGACAACGAUUCUCUGUGUGAACGGUUUGUCGUCUUUGCUAUUUUUCGGCAGAAGGAUCUACUGAGGAAAGAUCUCCACGUAGACGUAGAGUUAUUUCGAAUCCGGUGGAUUUUACAGACAUACCUGUUUCGGGCUGAAUUUGUGACAGUGUCAAAUAUUCCCACCCAAAGGCUCCCAUAGUUGAGCGAAAAAUUCGCACGAGAGUUCCUUGAGAUUAUUGACUCAUCUCGAGAUCGAGUGACUGUGUCCAGAUGAUGUUUUUUCGCACAUCUGUGGUGAUAAGCAUUUGACGCUGGAGCGAGGUGAUUAACGGACUGUAGUGGUGAUUCUGUGGCUUCUGAUCUGGCCGAUCGGAAGUGAUUGAUGUGAAAAUUAUUCUCCGGGAGUGGAAGCUCGAUCGGUUUUUACCCUAAUCGAACAGUUCGAACGAUCGGAACCCGUUCAUAACAGUUUGGAACACGAGCCGCUGGACGUUCCGGGUUUCCUGGAUAGUCCUAUGCCAGUGACCGAAAAUCAAGUACAAUUUGUUAUGUAAAUCAGAUGGUUCUCGCUCAGUUUUGCUGGGCGGUCUCGGAGUAUGUGCUCUCCAUCUCGAAACGUUGAACGCGAGAUCACACUUUUACUUUGGCUCACAGAAAGCACAGAGAGCUCUCAUUAAAAACCGAUUGGAUAUUUUGAGAAAUUAGUGUCGGGCGGCUUAUUUCUGUGGAUUUUGUGGUGUUAUUUUCUUCUCUUAGUACUGUGUGUGACUGCUCAAACUUACGGUUAUUUCGAUUCUUCCUUUUUGGCCACCGGCAGUUGUAGUUCGCGAGUUUGUCACGAAAAAAGUGAAGGUAAAAAAAUUGGCGAAUUCGGCAGCAGCUGGCCGCAGACGCUCACGGUCAAUAGAGGGGAUUGUUGCAGUUGAUUUUUUUUCGUUGCUCAACAUGUACAAACCUCACGUGAGAAGUUUAACGAGUGGUAGAAAAUGUAACAAUUAGCCGGUCAUCUCGCUGGGAUCCUUUCGCGUGACAGGAGAGAUCUAACGGAUCCUCCCCAAAAACACGACGUCCUCUCGGAUGCGUGUUUGCAUUGCUCGAAAAGGGGCGCAGACAGGUAGAAAGGGAAAAUAGUGUGGGGUUUUGCGGAUCGCCUGUUAUCAUCCGCGUCGUGACAGAGUUCGCGAGUUCGCGAGUGCGGAAAAACGCGUGCGGUGGUGUGUUGUAAUCAGAUCGAAUUAAAAUUGCCCCGCAGAAGAAGAAUAAGAACGCACACUCAAACAGUGAAGAUCAGCCUUAUCGUAACGGAACGUAAAAUGUGUGCAAAAUUGCGAUUUUUUUUUUAGUUUCUGGUUCGAGCCGCGAUUUGUGUUUUGCUAUCGCCAUUGAGUGUAUGUGCAAAAAAGGGGGCUUAGCUAAUCAGUGACGCUGAGAGUUUUACAUUGUUGUGGGUCUUAUCACUGGUGAAAGAAGUAUUGGAAAAGUGUAUCGUUUUAUUUUUGCGCUCUCCAUUUGGCCGCAAAAGAUUGGAGAGGAAUGUGUUGAAUUUUUGGUGCGCGCUGGCAGAACCAAUUGCGCAAUACCGUGACUUGGCUUGUGUGGUGGAUGAAGAGCAGGAGCACGAGACCCAUGCACGAACUGUACAGAAAACUCGUACAUAAAUCGAUCGUCUUCGAAUUGCUGCUGUUUCUCUGAAAAAAAAUGUGUGUAAGCGAAACGAACGUAUGAAAUAAGUUCAAAGAAAAUAGAGAGGAGAAAAAAUCAUCGUAGCACGAAAAUAGGUGCACUUCGGUUCGUGUUCAGUGUCGCAGGGUGGCAUGGAAAGUGAAGACAACUCAGUGCCAAAUCGGAAGUGGAAAAUUCGGCGUCAAUCGGGAACAAGUGCUGAAGGUGUGGUGUUUGAGGCGAUACCCUAGGCAGCAGCGGUCAUUACCACGGCGGCAGAGACCAUCGGUGCGUUAGAGCAAUGGGCGGUCAACGACUUGGGACGUUCCUAUCGUUAUAUCGAAAGCGCGAAAACCAAGUGCAUCUGAAUCACAAACACCAGCAACAGCAACAACCGCAACCCAUAAGCUUGAUGAUCACCUGAGAAAGUUUAAACUAGUUUCAGUGUAACCAUUUUACUUCGGGGAAGAAGACCGUAAUUGUAAAUUAUUUUGAAUAGUGGAGUUGAGUUCUGGGAGAGCGUGGAAGUGUUCAUGCCCGUCGGUAGACUUCGGCGGAGGGCCCUGGCCUUGCUGGGAGCCCUCCUUCUGGUCAUCCUUUUAUGGCCACCGUGUUGUGCAACGAUGCCCAGACCAUUGCCUGCAGUGCUACCGAGCUUGCCGUUAAUUGAUCUACCCUCGGAGCCAACGCCGGCGGUUUCCGUCGCGCGCUCGGCUCAGCAGCUAACGAGCAGCAAAAGCCGGAAAAUGAGCGAUCUGAAUCGCUUCAUGAAUGUACUUACGGUGGGAGGCAGGAGGUUUGCAAACGGCGGUGAAAGUGUCAGUAGCAGGUCUACGCACGACCGCAGUGUGAACGUGAACGACAACCAAAAUCGAAAGCUAAAUUUGCACUGGCCUCAAAAUAGCAUUACAGAUUAUUCAAUAGAGAAGCCGAUCGAUAAAAAUAAAUCAAACUCAAAUCAACAAACGACUGAUGCGAUCGCUAGACUAACAAAGUUAGAUAACGACAAGCCAAACGGUGAUACGUUUGGCGAAUCUAGGCUAGGUGACAGUCCACAGCGCUAUCAACCUCAACAGCAGUUGAUAACGCACAAUCCAACCAUUUUCAGCAUUCUUUCCCAAAGACAACCUUUAUCAAUGGGAGCACCAGCUUCCCAAAUUCUGGAGAGGCAGUUCAUCGACCGUGGCAACCGUUAUGCCGCCAAUCAAUCAGUAUUCAAUCGCACAUUCAACGGCGAUAAAUCCAUUUCAUCCUAUUCCCCAUCGCCCUCACCCCUGGUUGUCCUUUCGAGGGCGGUACGUAGCGCCUCACCGGAACCGGCCGGGGCUUUCCAUCAUCAUCACCGGCACCAACAUUAUCUCACAGGUAAUGGAACGCUUUCGGCUACUGGCCGGGGACAUGCUUCGGGACGACAUCACCAUCAGCAGCAUCAACAGCAGCAACAUCAUUAUAGCUAUCAUCGCCACAACGGCACAAACGGCCCCAGUGGGGGCACUGGCGGUGGGGGCGACUCCUCUAAUCUCGAACGCAACGAAAGAUCGGCGAAUCUAUCGCACAUCACCGGCGCAACGCGUAAGAUCCAACUGUACAUCAAGAAUCGAUACCUGCAGCUGCUGGCCGAUGGGACCGUCAAUGGGACGUACGACGAUCAGAGUGAUUUCACAAUCCUCCAGCGAACAACGGUGGCUGCCGGACAGAUCAGGAUUCAAGGAGUAGCGACUUGUUUGUUUCUCUGCAUGGACACCUGCGGAACAGUGUACGGUUCGAAAGACUUCACCGACGACUGCGUAUUCAACGAGCAGAUGGAGCAGCACCACUACAACACGUACAGCUCGACGCAGCACUCGAACGCACGCCGGACGUUGUAUCUGGCGCUGAAUAAGACCGGUCAGCCUCGCAAAAUCCAAAUUCCUGUGAACCGAUCGCUGGGCAAACUUGCCACGUAUACGAAAGCGCUUACCCAAACCGUAGCUCAUGAUCGCGUGGAGCGAUUAAUCUCGAGACUAUUCGGCGCAAACCACGUCCGCCAUGGACUGAAACAGCUCUGCGAAACGGGUCGAGCUCUGCAGGAUCUCACGGAGAAAGAGAUGCGACCGUUGCCAGGGUGUGGUUCUGCCAAAAUUGGUCCAAUUAGCCACAUUGCUGCGGCUGCCACUGGGGAACCCAAGGAAGCAGCUCCGCAUGUGGGGGCAGGUGGGAACAAGGACAAGGAUAGUAAGGACAAUUUGAAAAAGAAGAAGAAAAAACGACGGAAAUGCCGGGAGGACGAACCCGCAGGAGAGCACUGCUUUCGGCCGCUAGGUGGUGGUAGUGUAGGUACAAAUAGUGGUAGGAAGCGGCCCCCAGGGCAUGCGAGGAGUCAAAAAUGUAGCUCAGACGAACGGGAAUGUGUUAGUGUUAGUAGUAUUAGUGGAAGUAGCCCCAAUAGUGCAAAUAGUGUAAGCCUUAGCAGUAGUAGUAACCGCGCAAGCACAACUUCAGCGAAUGUACCAAAUGUAGUAGCUUCGGCAGCAGGAACGGGUUCGAAGAAGAAAGCGGCAAAGAAAGUCAACAACAAGAAUACUCCAAAUGUACAUAAUAAGAAACCCAAGAAGGGACCCGGUGGGGGUGGUGGCGGGGGUCCUAACGUCAACAAGAAAGCCAAACAACAGCAGAACGGUAACAGUAGUAGUAGUAGUAGUAGUAUUAGCGGUAGUAGCAGUAGUAGCACAGUGCCAUCAGCCUUCAGGGGUAAGGUGAAAACAACAACCCCCUGGAAGACAACAACGAUGAGAUCAACAACCACGACGACAACAUCGACGACCACGACGACGACGACGACGACGCCGAUGCCUUCGUCUACGCUGUUGGGCUUCGACGACACCUCGCAGUCGGAGGACGACCUCGAAUCCGAAUUGGAUAUGGACGACCUGGUGCAGACAUCUACCGAAAUCAUCGAGGAGGAUGAACUCGACGAAGGACUUGCUCCCUGUGUCUAUCCGUCCGCUUCGCCUUGGCACGAUGAGCUCGGGUCUGGCAGUAGGUCUCCUUCUCCCUCCAUCUCCAUCUCUAGCGGCUCGGUAGUUGAACAGUCUCGUGGCCGCUUCCUCGUGUCGUUUAGCAUACUUAGCCUUAGCUCUCUGUUCGUCGCUUUCGGCGCAGCCUCCAUCGGAGCCACCGGUCUGCUAUAUCUAUGAUCACACCAACGCUAGAAAACAAUUCUCCCACCCACCCAUUCUCAACCAUUUUGUGGUUUUGGAGCAGAGAACGAAACAAGAUAAAAAGAAUAAUAGAGAACACAACCACAUGGAAAUUUGAUAGACUGAUUACUUUUAGUGUUGAAUUCGCGAAUCGUAGGAAACUGAACUAAAAAAUUUAGAAGGCUGUUAUAUUUUUGGACAAACUGUUUCACACCCAUUCUUCCCUUCUGGCAGCUGCUAGCAGUAAGUACAACUAUUGACCAGUGAAGAGUAUAGUAUGCUAUAAAGGUAUAAUAAUGAUGCAAAUAAUCAACGCAAUCAGCUCAGGAGAUACUUUUUUUUCAAUUUUCGAUAGUCGAGAUUUCCUUUCCAUUAGACUUGCUGAGAGAUUUUAGGAGGAUUGUACUUAUUUAUUAGAGAAAAAAAAAGUUGUGCGAAUGGUUGAACAUACCAGCGAGAAGAAAGUUUGGAUUGAAUGCUCGACUAUUUUUAGUUUAAAGAACGGUCUUAAAAACAAGUUACUCUUCUUUUUAACGUCUUGUUCAAUCCCAUUGCUGAACUAUAUUGAGAUAAAUCAAUCGAUCACAUAUGCUGCCGGACACAGAAAUCCAUUGUUUUGCGCAAUCGAUUGGUUGAAAUUAUGAUUUCCAUGACGAUAUUAUUAGCUCACGAUAGGUAGGAUUUUCAAUUGCAUUAUAAUCUGUGGCGUUUUGUAAAUAUUAGGAUAUUAGGAUUGAAGCAAGAAAGUAUUUUAAUUUAAGAUUCUCAUAAUUUAUUGUACAUCACAUUUACAGGAAUCAAUGUUCAUCACUUCAUUUCUCACACAACACGCAGACACGUAGUCGGUCUUCGAAAACAUGUAAAUUGUACUUUUGGGAACAUUCAUAGCAAAAACUAUUACUCACAUAGCUAGAAAAGUGGGAAGAGUUCAUGUUGUUGUGUUGUGCAGCACAUUUUCCAAGGCAUAUAAUUGAGAGAACAACGUGAAACACAGGCUUGGUGUUUUUGCCGUUUAAUCUCUAGCAAUUUAUGCAGUUAAUCUCAAUAGCCUUACAUUAAUAUGUUAACAAUAUUUCCACUAUUCCAGCUGGAGUAUUUCUUUGAACAAAUUUACAUUAUUUUUAUUAUUGAUUGGCAGAACAAAACACUCCAAAUCUUCUGGUUACAGUCGAACCUUCCCCUUCAUGGGAAAGCCUCGAAUUACGGAAAUAGAAAGACUGAUGAUCACUACAUACACAAACACACAUUAGAAACAAACAUACAAAUAGCACAAGCUUAGGCCGAAUAUUGAAAAUUACAACAGAGAGAAAGAAAAAAAUGCAUAACAACGUCAAACACAUUAAAACAAUAAGUAAAUGAAGAUUUCUCAGCAAACAAGCUAAAAUUAAAAAGCUCCACUAUAGAGGGGAAAAAACUAACUUGUAAGAUACCAUUUGUGUAUUAUAUUUUAUAAAUAUAGUAAGAUGGAUGUUUGAAAAGAUAAACAAAAAACAAGAAAACUUUUUUAAUAGAUUUUAUGAAUCUGCAACUUAUACAAGAUAAGGUACCAAUAAAGUCGCUUGGGAAAAACUACGAGCCUACAUGAAAACAGUUGAAGCGAGCAGAACAAUAAUCGAAACAUGAAACAAUAUUACUUAUCCUAAGUCAUUCAACAGUAAAAUCAAACACUCUGGUGAUUAGUAGCAGUAGAUUUUUAGCAUUGUGAAAAGUCUAGGUACCAAUGACAACUAAUGCAUCCUUGACAUUCAAACACAUGAUUGUAAUGAUUGUAAAUCAGUACGGAUGUCUACAGAUACAGAAAACAAAACAAACUACCAACAUCAAGCGAACAAAAACCCGGAACAAUCGCAAAUCACUCGCCACCACCGCUUCCACCGCCUUCGCGCAGAUAUCCCGCUGCUCCGUUCGUGUAUGCAUUGUGUUAUUUCACUGUCACAACGACAAAAAAAAACAAACUGAAAAGGUGAAAACAAUCUAAUUCUUCUAGUCAUUAAUAACUUAUUUAGUUAUUUCUUUUGUUAAUUUAAACUUUAUGUUAAAACAAUCACGUAGGAAAGAAGCGUCCCAAGCUGACCGAAAAUCUCAUUUCGUAAAUUUAUACUACACCACUGCGAAAGCUAGCAACAUUCAUCACUACGAGAAAAGAGCAACUUCCACGAAAAAAAAUCGUGAGUUGGGGUGAGAUCUACACGGCCAACACGAGAGAAGGUUCAAUGAUCUGCAUGUGCAACACACAUCAUCGAACAGGUUAUGUUCAUCGAGGGGUGCUUCCUCCAAUAAUAUACGACAUCAUCAACAAAAGUGAAAUCAAUAUUAGAAAUACAUUUUAAUUCGUUUAAUAGUUGUAUUAUGAUAAAACAAUAUCUUCUUUCAAUUUACAGUGUUUCUAUAUCCAUAAAAAGAGAUCUUCUUCACAACACUUCGCAAUGAAGAUGGUCCAAUUGCCCUAUCUGGUCACGACACAUAACUCACUCACCUAUCCGCCUUAUCGCCGUUAAAUUCGAUACAAAUAUUGCAAUUGUGCUGAUUAAGUAACAUUCUGGAAGUUAGGUUCUCCGCGGAGUUGCACUAGCUCUCAGUACUCCGUUCUCCUAUACCGUCCCAUCAAUUGCUCGCAAACUCCAAGCACUUGAGGGUAUUCCUUGCCCAUUCAUAUUUAAUUGUGAAUGUCCGCUACCGGACUUGAAUGUAGUGAACUUCAUACGAUGUCUAAGUUUCCUGAUCCCGUCCAAAUAAAUUUGAGAAUGUAUAGUCCCUUUCGUGAGAAAAGUAGAAUAUCGCAACCCACAUGUGCAAAUGGCUUCGCAGACUAGCACUUUAGGACUAUCCAGAAUACGCUCAUAGAACUUUCGAGUCCUCGUUUCACCACGUUGGUGCUGUUCUGAAGUUUGUUUGGGUACAUUUUGCUUCUUGUAUGUUCACAAACCAUGUCCCUUCUACUUCCGCUGGAUCGUUCGAAUUUCUUGGUCUAGUCACAAACAACGGCAGAUCGAUGCUUACGAAUAUAAUUCACGACUUUCUGAUCAAAUCCGGGUUACUAGAAUCGGGUUUACGUCCUUUUGGUCCUUCGAACUAUGGUUGCUCAUUACCAGAGAUUAUUGGCCUCUCAAAAAUUAAUUGGGCUUGUUGAAAAGGAGUGGCAAAAAGUUGCUGUUAAUUUUGAUUACUUCUUUGAAAUUCUUUAACAUAGAAGGAAUUGUUUUUAAUAAGUGAGGUGCAAAUUGCUCCAAAAGUGUAGUUGUUCCUUGUAAAAUAUAGGAGACUAUAUUUUUCAAAACUAUGGAGAACUUUAACGAUACAGUACAAAACAGUACGAAUAGAUUGUAUUAAAGUCCAAAUGAUCAGAGACAAAAUUCGUCCUUAUAAUAUUAAAUUAUUUUCAGACACAAUUCUCGUUCAAGAUUUUUCAAGCAUUUGGGAAUAACAUGUUUCUCCGUUGCAUGGAAUACAUGUUUGAUACAGAGAAUAUUACAAAAUAAAGACAGCUGAAAUCGGACCAUUCCUUCCUCGGAUUUAGGGCACACCAACACAUUUGACUUUUCAUUUUUGUUUAUAUAGAUAGAAGAUAUAGAAAUGCGUUAUUCCGUCUGAAAAUCUUCUUCCACUUUCGAACAAAAAUCAAUUUCGUUAGCGCCAACAUCAAAUGAACUAACAACGCUUAAAAAAUAUGGGGAUUCAAUUUUCCGAAUUUUCCGAUUUUUCUCUCCGCUAUAUUGAUAUACGGGAAGAGACGAAUACAACGAAAUAUAGAUAACUCAAAUUGAACCAUUCCUUCCUCGGGUUUUGCGCUUACCAACACAUGUGGCCUUCCAUUUUUAUUUAUAGACUAGCUGACCCGGCAAACUUCGUCCCAAGGAGUUCGGCUCCUUUAAACCUAUGUAACUGAGCCUGUAAAAAUAAACGAUUUAAAAAAAAAAAAAAAACUUCGUCCCACCCAAAAUUUGUUUUUUGUUAUCAAUACCUUCAAACAUUCACGUUUUCUUACUAAGCGCAAGUUCAUGAGUCCAAUCGCAGAACUGUUCAUUGAUCGAUCUCCUAAUCGACCCCGUUGAAUUUACCUUUUACUAAAAAAUGCCUAGUACUUCUAGCAAAACUCAUCAUUAUAAUAUCAGAUUAUUUUUAGACACAAUUCUCGUUAAAGAUUUUUCAACCACUUGCAAAUAACAUGUUUCUCCGUUACAUGGAAUAAAUGUUUGAUACAGAAAAUAUGAUAGAAUAAAGACAGACCCCUUCCCCCUUCUCCCCUUAUAGAAGGGGGAGAAGUGUCUAUUCACCAUAGAAACGUUUCGUGCCCCCAAAAUAUUCACAUUCCAAAUUUGGCUCCAUUUUCGAGUUAUGCAGAAAUUUGUGUUUCAUUUGUAUGGCAGCCACCCCUUAUAGAGGGGGUGGAGUGUCUAACCACCGUAAAAACAUUUAUUGCACCCUAAAACCUCCACAUGCCAAAUUUGGUUUCGUUUGCUUGUUUAACUCUCUAGUAAUGAAGAAAUUUGUGUUUCAUUUGUAUGACAGCCGUCCCCCCCCCCUCAGAGAGGGGGGAGGGAUCUGGAAAUAUCAUAAGAACCUUCCCCGACCCCAAAAACCCCUACAUACCAAUUUUCAUGUCGAUCGGUUCAGUAGUUUCCGAGUCCAUAAGAAUCAGACAGACAGACAGAAAUCCAUUUAUAUAUAUAUAGGUAAGAUAAAAAGGUAGAACAAAGAAUCCGCGCCGGUUACAAAUCUUUGGGUGCAAAUAUUUUUAGAAAUUGAAAACAUAUUUCUUUAACGUCAGCAACUCGUAAUUUUUUUGAUUCCACUUUGUGUUUGUCUGCCUGGUCUGAAAAAAAAUUCUAUAAUAUUGGACAACGGAAAAGUCACGACUCAAUGUUGGAGCCAUGAAAGAUAUGAAGCGAACAGAACUUUUAUCUAGAAUGUGACAAAUUUUAUGAUUAAAAUUCAAAAUUCAUAAUCUCAUUCGCAAAGUCCUUUCAUCAUCUGAAUAUUUUAUCUUUAUAAAUACAAGAGCAUUCAAGAAUCAUUGUUUGUUUGGUUUUAUUCACCGAAUAAUAUUCCUCAAAAAUAUUUUCUAUUUGUUAAUACUUUUGACUUAUGUGUCCCAUUUUUUGUUCCUGAACUAUUUGGUCAGCCUAGUUAUCGACGACAAAUAUGACGGGUUGGCUCGAGCGUCUACCUUGAAGUCGAUAAAUAUGUGAUACCUUAAUAUAUCAUACUCGCGGCAUUUUUGCAGAUUUUUCUCGGGCAUAAAUAUCUAAUUUAUAGUGGCGUGAACCCCCACGAAUCCCGCUUGAUAUUGACCCACGAACUCUUUAGCCAAAAUUAAUAGACAGCGGGAGAGUGUAGCACGGUACUGAUUUCAAUUGAAAGAAUUUUUAUUCAUUUUUCUGAGAACAAUUUAGAACGUUCUCUCAAUCAAUUCAGUACGUAGUACAUCAUUGGAUACUAUUUGUAAACCAAUUUGCCAGACUUGCAAAGGAAAACAAACCAAGUCGCUUUGAAAUAUAUUACCGGAUUCGUUAAUACAACAAAACCACUCUACAGCCAUCUUGAAACUCCAAUGUGUUUAAUUUUUAAAUAAAAGUACUAGUAGCUGCUGAACACCAUUGAACUGAUUGAGAGAAUGCAGAAUUUCGAGUGCUUGUAUUUAACCUAUCUCUUUCAUGCUUCAGGUAAACGAUUUCUUUCGAACUGUUUGAAUAUACCACUCCCCUAUCCAACUCAGUGAUUAAACAGCCGCACUUCGUACCAUAGAUCCAUCUUGAAAUAAACAUCAACAAUCUUGAUGUAUCAAAUUCAUAAUAUGACCUCAAUUACGAUCUAAUACGAUUUACUGUUGAAUGAUAUACCACGACAUGUAACACGAUUUUUCGCAGUACUAAAUCGAUACGUUUACGUUAUACGUUUAUGUGACUCUCAAACUGCAUCUACCUGAUAUGCAUAUAUGAUGACGUUUAGGUCAAUUUUACAAUAGUGCAUAUCAUAACGAUGUUUGUUAUACACAAUUACAACCUAAUCUGUCGUGAUAAAUAAAAUCAGAUUUAUCGCUUUUUAUACGAUUGAGGACAAACACGAUGUACGACGUAUAUACGAUUGUGAUUCUAUCCCACUUUAUACACGACUUAGAAUAGACCAAUUUAUACGAUUUUAUGUUUGUUGUGUUCUCAUACCCAUACGUGCAUGGGAGAGAGAGGAACGAAUUCGUUUUGGGGGAAGUCACUUCAAAAUGCAAUGAGGACAAUUUGACUGGGAAGAAUGGAAUGAUAUAGUCGAGUCGGUAGAGGGAGAUAGCGACUAAACGCCCGACUGACUGUUCAGUCGUUUUGGCGGAGAAACUGCGUGAAGAGCCAAAAGUCAUUUACCGACUGACUAUAGAUAUAGUCAGUCGGUUAGUCAGCCGACUAUCCUCAGUUGACUAUGACUAUGCCGGGCCCUGGUUUAGAAUAAUAAUUUUGCCGGAAGACAAACUGAUUUUCCAGACCCAUUUUAAGUCACGCAGUGUAUUGAUGUAGAAAUCGUCUGUCAUAAUCCUAUCGAUUUCCACAAGAGUACCCACUCCGGCCCAUGAAAACACACCCAAACUUUAACGCUGCCUUCCCCAGUGCUUCACAAAUCCGAUUUGUUCUGUUUUUCAAAACCAGGGGAUGUUAGAGGAUGCUUUUUCAAUGAUUUUAAGGACCUGACAAAAAAAAAAACAAUGUAAUAAACUGAGCAUAUAAUAAAACGAUAACUAUUUGUACUUUGAGACAAAAAUCUGUAAACUGUACCAACUGUACCAAAAAAAAACAAUCUGUACCAUUCCGGAUAAAUGUAUACAUACGGCAACACUGAUCCCCUGUGAGGAUUCUCAAACGAUUGUAAUAUAUCGUCUGAGAACAGUACACUUCAUCGCACAACGUUCGUGAUUGCCAGAGUAACGCUAGAAACGCACUCGAAGUCGGCGGAAAUGUAGUGCCAGGGAAUAGAGACAACUUACCAUGUCAUGCCAGAAAAGGCUCCAGAAAAAAAACCCGCAACUUCUUCUGGAAGCACUCCUGUGCAUAAAGUUACCAAAGCAACACUUUUCAGUUACGGAUUGCUUGACAAACUAUGAACUUUUCGGGAACUCCGACCUCUUUUCGUAAACUUCCGAUGUACUCUGCUGUGCUCUGAUAUGCUUGAGGUCCGGAUUUUUUUUCCUAGGAACUGCUUUACAGUACGUUUAUUCAUCCACAGCGACGCAAUCGUAGUUCAUCCAGUAAAAUCCCACUGUUUGACCGAAGCCAAAUAUUCACCGAAGCCAAAGGCCGAUCAGGCUUGUUUUGCUGUUUUAUUUUCACUGUUGUAAUGAAAAAACGAGUUGGUCAAUUCAUUACUUUGUUCUAGAUGCUUCAUCUUCCGACGAGUCUGCAGACCCUCGCUCCUUGGCAUGCAUAACGUUGUUCGCCGAUGUGAACAGCUCUUUCGCCACAUCUCGUACCUAUACUGGAAUUAAUUACUUUCCUAUCGAUUAUAUGAUCAACAGAUCCUCGGGAUUUUCUGCCGCGUUUCGAGGAAUCUGCCAAAGAGCUCUGUUCUUCAAACUUCGGUUAUGUGGUCCGACGGUCCGACGGUCACAUCUUCUUCCUCAGCCUGAUUCCUGAUUGGAAGACUACUCACGAAACGUGAACGAUUGUAAACGAUUGUAAACGAACGAACGAAACCAAAAGUUGGUUCUGACAUUUUCCUCAAACUGUACCGCUAAUCACAUGAAAUAGUUAAGUUCACUUGUGUUACAUUAUUAUCGAAGGCGGAUGGCGUGACUAUUAUUGUCAUUGACGAUACUGACAGAUACACGAACGAACACAGAGUCGCUUGUAAAUCAUGCUUGCGCUCUCCUACAAAAUAACCUAUCAAAUGGCUACAGGAAUAGAACAAGUGACUAUGACCUGACUUCUACCAUCUCACGUCAUUCGCAGCGCAGAAUAAGGGGAAAUAUUGUAUUUAUAAUUGUCGGAACUGUCUAUAGUGGAUUUUUCCUUAUUCUGCUCAGCCAAUGACGUGAAAUGGCUCGUGUUACUUGUGGUACUCUGGAUGGCGAACAGGGUAAACAAUAAUCAAUUUAUGUGAACAUUGAUUAACUAUCGCGGUAUUCCCGAAGGCAAAUGCUGUGACUAUAGUUUCCACCAAGUGGAAUUUGAAGUCAUGUCCACUUCUGUUAUAAAACAGGAACUAAAAUGAGGUGACUUCUAGGGCUAUCUUUCUUCACUCGGGGCGCAAAUUAGGGGGCAAUUCUCUGCCUGAGACCUGAGACUUUCCAUUCAAUUUUAUAGCCGGUACUCUAGUAUUUCACGGAUUGUUAACCUUGAUUCAAAUGACAUUACAUUAUACCAGUUUCCAUUUUGUUUACAUGAAUAAAUUCCCAAGAAUAAUAUAGAUUGAAGUAGAUUAUAUUUGCAUGCUUGAAAUGAAAUCAAUCCAAAAACUAGGAAAAACAAUAAUUCGAUUAUCGAUCCUCCAUCAAACCAAAAUUAUCCAACUUUCCAUCGAACUUGCAGAUGGACUCUACACUUGUGAAGCAUUAACAAAUUCCUCAUUGCUCACUAAUUUCUUAGUUUCGAACUAUUGAUUGAGGUUAAAAAACAGAUCUUAGUCGCUAGAAUUUCAGUCUGAUGAAUUUGUUAGUUGGAGAACCAAGUCGUUGAUUCUAGUCACCGCAACGACCAACGAAUUGAUAGGUGCGGGAUAUAAAGGCUCCAACACGGUAGAGCAAAUAUUUAUGGUCACAAUUCGAAUCCGCUUUCAAAACGGAAUGAACUUAAUAACAAUUGAAUGAAUACGAUCAACAUUUUAGCAGGCGAUUCGUCUUUUCCAUAUCAUGCACCCCUCGAUGUGAACAACCUCAACACCCGAACGAUAACUUCAGAAAAGCUCCUAGAUCAUUCGAAUAACGUGCCAUAACUACUAUUUGUACCAAUAUCUAGGAGAAAAUAAAUUAGCAAACCUAGUAGUAUUAGUAUAAACCAGAAAAAACAUAAAAAAAUGCAGUCCUAAUCUCACCACACACAGUGUUUUAAUUAUCAUUUAGCAGACGAUAAAUAUGCUCAGCAUUAGUGAAAAAUAAAAUGCGAAAAAAGCACCGCCACCCCGCCAAGACUAUCAGAAACAACAUUUUCUCACCUGCAAUCUGUUUCCCGUGUGUUCGAAUUAAUCAACAUACACAUUCGCAGCACUAUACGAAUCCGUUGCACCACCGUAUUUUUUUUUUUGCUUUACAAAGUUGCAAAAAUCGAAAAACUGAACAAAAUAGCGAAAGCUAUUCUUGCGUCAGUUUCGUAGACUCGAUAGAUUUUUUGUUGGCUAGAUGGAAACUAUCGAUUUUGGGAGCCAAAAAACAGGAAAAAAAACCACAAUGAUUCAGAAGAAACAGAUAUGAUAUACGACCGAGCCCUCCGAAAUACCAUUUUCAAAGAGCCGCAGAGAAAUAAAAAAACAAAAUACAAAAUUUAUCGAAAGCGCAUACGAGUAGUAUAGGAAUUAGUCCCUCGCCUGCCAGGAACGCAUAUAUUAGUAUUCAAACGAGAAACGAAUUGAAAAACCGCAAUAUGCACCAUAACUCAAGCUAGCUUAGAAGCAGGAACAAGUCAUCCUAGAAAUAUUUGUAGGCGGAUUAACAUAUUAAUUAGCAUCGAGACACUAGUAGAGAGCAAACAGUAAAUAGAUGUAUGCAUGGACGAUGCAAAUUGCUUACAAAUACGAGAAUAUAUGAAAUUAGAAUGAAACAAUAAGCAAAUAUAACGAAAAGAUAUAUAUUGAACAAAAUACAAAAUAAA